AUGCAAGGAAAAAAACAAGUGUAUUACUUUGGAGGCGGUAAGUCUGAUGGUACACGGGAUAUGAAGAUGCUUCUCGGAGGCAAAGGUGCCAAUCUCGCUGAAAUGGUAAACCUUGGCCUGCCUGUCCCACCGGGCUUCACCAUCACCACCGAAGUCUGUGCGGCUUACCAGGUUGAAAAGAAGGUCCCUGUCGAAGUGACGGAGAUGGUGAAGAACAUGGUCAAGAGGGUUGAGAAGGAGAUGAACAAGGUAUUCGGCAGUAUUGAUAAUCCUCUGUUGUUUUCUGUUCGUUCUGGCGCCGCGGCGUCAAUGCCGGGGAUGAUGGACACCGUGCUGAACCUUGGUCUCAACACGGAGACCGUCAAUGCAUGGGUGGCGCGCUCACCAAACAUGGCCCGCUUUGUCUAUGACUCCUAUCGUCGUUUCAUUACGAUGUACGCCGACAUCGUAAUGCAGGUCGGGCGCGAGGAUUUUGAAAAGGAGCUGGGCGCAAUGAAGCAACAGCGUCACACCAAAUUCGACAGCGACCUCACCGCCUCCGACCUCGAGCAGCUCUCCAAGCAGUACCUCGUCCUGUUCCAGAAGAAAACGGGCCAGCCCUUCCCACAGGACCCGUGGGAGCAGCUGCACUCCUCCAUCUGCGCCGUCUUCCGGAGCUGGACCAACCCCCGCGCGGAGAUAUACCGCCGGAUGAACCACAUCACCGGACUCAUCGGCACCGCUGUGAAUGUUCAGGCUAUGGUGUUUGGUAAUAUCAACGACAAGUCCGCCACGGGAGUGGCCUUCUCACGGAGUCCGUCAACUGGGCAGAAUUACUUCUACGGUGAGUAUCUCAUCAACGCGCAGGGCGAAGACGUCGUGGCUGGGAUUCGUACACCUCAGCAGAUCAGUAAGGGGCUCUCGCUGAAGUGGGCCAAGGAGUACGGCAUCAAUGAGGAGGAGCGACUUCGCCGCUACCCGUCGAUGGAAGAGUCUAUGCCUGGAAACUACCAUAUGCUCUGUGAAAUCCGUGAGAAGUUGGAGAAGCACUAUCGCGAUAUGCAAGAUAUUGAGUUCACGGUCGAGGAUGGUCGCCUGUGGAUGCUACAGUGCCGCGUUGGCAAACGCACGAUCCACGCCGCACUAAAGAUCGCCAUUGACAUGCACAAUGAUGGCAUGAUCACCAAGGAGGAAGCGGUGCUGCGCGUGGAUCCCGAGCAGGUGAGUCAUUUACUGCACCCCGCGAUAGACCCCUCCUCCGUGGCCUCAGCCAAGCCUCUUGGUAAGGGUCUUGCCGCCAGUCCUGGGGCGGCGGUGGGUCAGGUGGUCUUCAACGCUCAGGAUGCCAAGGUUUGGGCCAGCAAUGGAAAGAAGGUCAUCAUGGUGCGUCUAGAGACAUCACCUGAGGACUUGGCUGGAAUGCACGCCGCGGAGGGUAUUUUAACCGCGCGCGGUGGCAUGACCUCGCACGCGGCUGUUGUCGCACGCGGCAUGGGCAAGUGCUGCGUGUGUGGCUGCGGUGACAUGCAAAUCAAAGGUAAGAAGUUCACGCUCCACGGGGUUGUGAUCAAGGAGGGUGAUGUCAUCACACUGGACGGCAGCCGCGGUCUCGUAUACAAGGGCGCCUUGAAACUGAAGUCGGUCAGACUGGAGGGCAACAUCAAGGUACUUCUGAAGUGGUGCAAAGAGAUCAAACGCAUGGGUGUGCACGCUAACGCGGAUACCCCAAACGACGCCCUAACCGCCCAUGGUUUUGGUGCCGAUGGUGUAGGUCUGUGCCGCACUGAGCACAUGUUCUUCGAUAAGAGGCGCAUCAGCGCAUUCCGACAAAUGAUUCUGGCAGACAAGCUAGAGGACCGUGAGGUUGCUUUGGCAAAACUGAUGCCGAUGCAGAGAGAAGACUUUGCGGGUCUUUUCCGUACAAUGAAAGACAAGCCCGUGACGAUCCGCCUGCUAGACCCUCCUCUGCAUGAGUUCCUACCCAAUAAGGCUUCUGCACAGGAAGCCCUAGCCAAAGAGCUUGGCGUCCCGGUCGAAAAGAUCGAGCAGCGUACAAAGAGCCUGCACGAGGUGAACCCAAUGUUGGGUCUACGCGGAUGCCGCCUCGGUAUUGUGUAUCCGGAGAUCUACAACAUGCAAGUCCGGUCCAUCAUUGAGGCCGCUUUGGAGGUCAAAAAAGAAGGUGUGAACGUUCACCCUGAAAUUAUGAUUCCCCUUGUUGGCAAGAAGGAAGAGCUCUCUUACACACGAAAGAAUGCAAUCUUGACCGCCGAGAAGGUCAUGAAGGAUGUCAAGAUGCGCGUGGACUACAAAAUCGGUACCAUGAUCGAGGUGCCCCGCGCAGCCGUUACCGCUGAUCAGAUUGCCCAAGAGGCCGACUUCUUCUCUUUCGGCACGAACGACCUCACGCAGAUGGGCUCUGGGUUCUCACGUGACGACGCGGCAUCCUUCUUGAGGCGCUAUAUCGCGCUUGACAUCUACCCCCGCGAUCCCUUCGAAUCCCUUGAUCAGGACGGAGUGGGUCUGCUUGUGCGGAUUGCUGUCGAAAAGGGACGCCAGGCAAAGCCGAACCUCAAGUUGGGGAUCUGCGGCGAGCAUGGUGGAGACCCGCAGACGGUCAAAUUCUGCCAUAAGAUUGGCCUAAACUACGUGUCAUGCUCACCGUUCCGUGUGCCCGUGGCAAUCGUGGCCGCUGCGCACGCCGCCGCGCAGGAAAAUAUGGAUAAAGCGAAGCCCAAGAAGGAAGUCUCUCAAAGUAAACUCUAA